AUGGAGCGCACGGUCUUUGGCAUUCUGGAGGCGCCAGAGAUUGCCACCCCCACCCAGCACUCCCAGCCUCCACCCGAGGCCGAGUCCCUGGUGACAAAGGCCUCGCCCGAGCCAGUCCCAGGCCACAAUUUAGGUCGCGGCGUCAUCACCGGUCGUUCUGGUUCUCCGGCGUUUCGCGAUCCCUUACUCCCACCCAUGCCGCGGCCCGGGGGCCCUCCGCCCCUGGAGGGUGGGUCGCGCCGCCGGGAGUCGGGCGGAGGAACUGCGUCGGGCCGCACUUAUCUUGAGGACCUCAAGGGCUCUUCGCGUCUCCAGAGACAAGGGUGCUACAAGCACUUCAAAGCCAAGAGUUGGAACCCAGAAGUUCUGCUUGUGCGGCGGACCCGACGCCUGCACUGGGAAGCGGGGCCGGUCAUCGUGGUGCACGGGCUCUUCGACAGCUCGUACAGCUUCCGCCACCUGCUGGAAUACAUCAACGAGACACACCCUGGGACUGUGGUGACCGUGCUCGAUCUCUUCGAUGGCAGAGAGAGCUUGCGGCCCCUGUGGGAACAGGUGCAAGGGUUCCGGGAGGCCGUGGUCCCCAUCAUGGAAAAGGCUCCUCGAGGGGUGCAUCUCAUCUGCUACUCCCAGGGCGGUCUCGUGUGCCGGGCCCUGCUCUCUGUCAUGGAGGAGCACAAUGUGGAUUCUUUCAUCUCCCUCUCCUCUCCGCAGAUGGGACAGUAUGGAGACACCGACUACCUGAAGUGGCUGUUCCCCACCUCCAUGCGGUCUAACCUCUACCGGAUCUGCUACAGCCCCUGGGGCCAGGAGUUCUCCAUCUGCAACUACUGGCAUGACCCCCACCAUGAUGACUUGUAUCUCAAUGCCAGCAGCUUCCUGGCCCUGAUCAACGGGGAGAGAGACCAUCCCAAUGCCACUGUGUGGCGGAAGAACUUCCUCCGUGUGGGCCGACUGGUACUGAUCGGGGGCCCCGAUGACGGGGUCAUUACUCCUUGGCAGUCCAGCUUCUUUGGUUUCUAUGAUGCCAAUGAGACAGUGUUGGAGAUGGAGGAGCAACCGGUUUAUCUGCGAGACUCUUUCGGGCUGAAGACUCUGCUGGCCCGCGGAGCCAUAGCGCGGUGUCGGAUGGCUGGGAUCGCCCACACGGCCUGGCACUCCAACCGCACCCUUUAUGAGACCUGCAUCGAGCCCUGGCUGUCCUGAGGACCCGGGGCUGUCAGGAAGUCCCAGCCCAGAGACUGAGCGAGCGGUGGCCUUGGAGGGCAGACGCCGGGCUGUGGCAGCCCAGUGACCGUCUCGUUGCCCACACUGCCCCCCGCCAGCCGGGGCUCCCAGAACCCGCCUCUGCUCCUCUCUGAACCACAGUUCCUGGCACGCCUACCUCAUGUCCACUCUUUGGGGGCAGCUCGCUGUACCCCCUUUCCCCCAAGGCUGAGGUUAGGAAGUGAGAGCCAGGUUUUAGCUGGUGAUUGCCCCUGCCGCUGCUGCUCUGCUCCUCCGUAUCUGACUGUACAGGAGGCGAACCCACCCCUGCCCUGGUACCACAGGGGUCUCCUUCCGGGCCACUCAGGACAUUUUUAGCUUCUGUUCUCCCCGUGUUCCCUUUUCCUCAGAACUUCCUUGUCAGCCCUCGCGACCUGUGGAGCGGCGCCCGGGAGCGUGGGGUUCUGAGGCUCCCCUAUGGGGACAGUUACGUUCAGUGUCAGUGUUGGGGAAUAUCUGUGGCCUGUGAGGCCCAUCUCAGGUUUGGGGAUCCCCCAGUCCCUAUGAUCAGUGUUGGGGUUCCCCCUGGGAGCCUAGUUUGAGGCCCCAGCCCCUUUUAACCCUUGAGUGGGUGUUCUCCUAUAUUUAUGGAAAUAAAGCUCCGUU